AUGACGGCGAUGCGGGAAGCGCGCGGAGACUCGGCUUCCGCCGAUCCGAUCAAUGGGACACGCGGAAAGACGACGAUAAAUGACAGGAAAUUCGCGUUUCUCAAUCAGGUGAGAACAGAGAAAAGAAUGUGUAGGAGAGUUGAAUUCCGGAAUGUGCUCAAUGCUUUUCACAGAAGAGCACAUUUGCAUACAUUGAAACACAUUCGGGCGCGCUUGGGAGAAACUUUCCCACGAACCCGGAGAAAUUGGUUGAACUUCACACACUUGAAAGUCUCUGAGUCAUACUGAACUUUAUAUCGAACGAAUGUUUUUCAUGAACACAAUUAUCGGUUUCGUUCAGAUCACCCGCCCCGAUUACCGCAGUCUUCCCAACUCGACGGCCACGUCACAGUCGUCCGUUCCCUCCACUCCGAUCACGAUUCCAUUGAAGAUGGACGGCGGCGAACAGACGAUGUUCCGAGAGUUUGGAGCUCCGAUUGCGACGCCCGAAGACGAAUUGCUAGACGACCUGGAAAUGUGAGAGCGCUAAUAUUGAUAGCCUUCUCAAAAAUGCAUAAGAAUUUCAGUAAAUCCGAACCGCUUCUCUCGCCACGUCGCACGUUCACAGACUUUGAAGAUAACCGACGGGAUUCGGAGGAGAAGGAAAAUCGAGAAGAAGACACAGAAGCGGAGACGACGAUUCGGGAAGACAUAGAAGACGUCGAGAUGGUUGUGGAGACUAGGGACCAGUCGAAAGUCAUUGAGGAUCAGGAUCAGAAGAUAGAGGAGAACACUACGGAAGAGCAGAAGAAGCCAGAAGUCCAGAAAGUAUUUUCGAAUGUUUUGAGGAACGACGACUGCAUCAGAAUGGUCGAGAGUGCCCCAGAGCUGACGAAUUCGUUCCAAGAAGAAGAGUCAACGACGUCGUCUUCAGAAUUUAGAACUCACGAGAAAUCGUCAUCUCCGGAAGCGCGCCGAAUGUCUCCCUCUCCAGAACAAGAAGAAAUCGAAGCGGAAGAGAUCCGAAAAAUGACAGAGUCGUUCGGAGAGCCACGGAAAGCGGUGCUCGAAAGAGUCUACGAUACGGUCGAGGAAACGGACGACGACGAGACGGAGACAGAAACGGAAAACGAAGAGGAGGAAAUGGACGAUGAUGUGCAGAGACAGGUGCGAGAAACAGAGGGAAAACUGAAAUGACACCCGAUUCUGUAGGCUUCAUUUACACCCCAUCAAGUCUUAUUUUACAGAAAAUGACUUAGAAAGGUCGAAUUUCGAGCACUUCUCAAGAAAUUGGAUAUUGAGACUCAAUGGGGUUUUCUUCAUGAUUACUCGAAAACUUUGCUCUCUGUAAACGAAAUGUUAGAUUUUCGGUUUUCGAUUCUCUCCAAAGUUUAUUUUUUCUAAAGUGUGCUCAAUUCUUCUUAAUCCUUUAAAGAAUUCUUUGUUAUAAGCAUUUUUUACAUUUUUUGUGAACUUUGAAAAAACCUUUUUCUGGCUUCUGCUCUCUUUUCUGCAAAGGCUGGCCACCCAGAGAGCUCUCUCUUUCGCGCUCUUUGUUCCGUGACAAGAGAGUAAAACACAUGAUAGAUGGGAGGGCCACAGCUGAGCUUCUCCUCCUCUUUUUCACUCCUUUUGCGGGUUUAUCUCGUGCUCCGAAUCUCGUGAUUCCGUCCUCGCCCUCCCAAUCGUAUUUAUUCUCUGCUCACUUUUCCAGUUUCCGGCGCCCCACAAAAAAUGACCGGAAAACCAAUUAAAUCGGUCAGUAGUGUUUACGAGACGCACAUUUCGAGCCGAAGUGUCGAAUUUCCAGGCGGCGGCUCCUUCUUUUCUUCCACGCGCUCGUUCAGUUUUCUCAGUUUUCCCAUUCUAGAUUGACGCCGUUUCAAGACCCGACGAUUCGAUGGUAUUCGGCUGGAACGGAAAGUCGAAGGAGAAAAUGGAAAAGCCGACGAGCCUGCCGCUUCGGUACGAAAUAGAGGCCGACUGCUCGACGCCCAGAAGAGCAGAGUAAGUGGAAAAGUUCAAAGAGUUCAUAUCGUCCGUUCUUUCUUCAGAUUCUGCAUCGACCCAGAAGACGACGAGAACACCGGAGAGCAUCCACAAUCAACGGCAUCCGGAGACGAAGGCGUCCUCCAACAGUCCCUCAUUCAACUUCAGAAACAACUUCGCAAAACCGACGUUCGUUGCUCCCGCCUCGAAAAGAUCUGUGAAUUUCAACAGGUUGGUCCCCUCGAACGCACCUUGAAAGUAGGCCAAAGAUGAGGAAGAAGAAGUAGUUACGGCGCGUCGCGAGCGAGUAAAGUGGCCCAUAGGCGAACAAUUGAAAGGCGACAAAAAGUGGCGCGGAUUUACAAUAGAUGGCAGUAUAAGUUUGCACACGCACCUUUUCUCUUCGAGGUCUAAUUAUACCUCGGAUGACCUACAAACGGAAUAGGAUGGCGGCCAAAAAAGCAGGAAAGAAAUAGAACAAGUUUUGUGAUUAAUAAGAAUCGCCAGUGAUUACGAUGACUACGAUUCCCCGACUGAAAUGACGUCGGUCCCCCGUCUCAAGAUUCGCUCACUCAAAUUUUUGAUCUGUGUACCGUCCGUGUCGAAAAUAGCCAAAACGUAUGUCGUUCACUCGCUUGACGGUCUCCCCCAAAUGUGUGCAAUUUCGGCGUGAAGUGGAUGAGCCAACAAUGUCCGAGCAGGCACUCACACAAGUACCUGAUGAUCUUCUUCUUCUCUUUGAUGAUACAAAACUAUCCCGUCGCACAAACGCGUUUGUGAUUCAUUUUUAUUGAAAAGAAGAAGAAGAAAAGGAUCGAGAGCACUCUUCACAUCAAGACGAACACUCGCGAAUCCAUUCAUCGCGUCUUUUUUUUGGUUGAAAAGGUGUAUUUACGAGUUUAUUACCGUCGUCUCAGUACGUUUGUUUGCGCUCGGAAUUUGUGUGAAGGACGAGUGAGCGAGCAUUCUGAAGCAGUUCAAAAAUCGGGAAAAAAGUGACCUUGCCACAUCACAUCAUACAUCUGCUUCAAUGGGAAAUUCAAAGACUGUUUUUCGAAUUGUCUUGGUUUUCUACAAGUUCGGCGAAGCGUUCGACUUCUGGAAGCUGGUCCCCUUUAGAUUCCCCGGCUUCACUCAUCCGUCCUCCUUUUUCUGACAUCCCGAGGUGUCACUUCCUCUCCGAUUAUCGUACGGGUCACUGAGAGAGAGAGACCCUCUUUCUGGGGCCGUCUCAAUCCCUAAACCGACUUUCGAUUCCUUCUAAAGUCAUGCACAAAUAUUGAGAAGGCCUCCUUCUCUCCACUUGGGCGCAUUUCCGGAGAAAAGAGAGAAGGAUCGGAUUAUUUGCAUAUACAUACACAUACGGACGCCGAAAGACACUUCCUUUCAUGACGAGUACUUGAUUGCAGCGUGACAUCGACAGCCUCCGAUACGAGGUCGACUGGAAAGACAAACGCAUCGAGUAUCUGCAGAAGACGUUGCAAGAAAUGGAGGCGUCGCAAUCCACGUCAUCACGAUCCACACCCGCUUCUUAA